AUGAGGUACUUGCUAAUACUGAUUUGUGUGGCUUUGGCCAAGGCCGCAGACAAUGAGACGGAGGUGGAGCUGGAGCCCAUCAUAACCAAUGGCUAUCCCGCGUAUGAGGGCAAGGCGCCGUAUAUUGUGGGACUGCUCAUUGGCACCGACGGCAACAAUGGCAAGGCCGUGGGCGGUGGCGUGAUCAUUGCUCACACUUGGGUCUUGACGGCGGCGCAUUGCCUGACCACGGACUAUGUGGACAUACAUUACGGCUCGAAUCGGGCGUACAAUGGGCAGUACUAUCAUCGAGUGCGCAAGAAUAAUUUCAUACGCCACCAUCUGUGGCCCAACACCAAUGGCAAUGACAUUGGAUUGAUCAAAACACCGCAUGUCGACUUCCAUCGCAUGGUCAACAAGGUGAACCUGCCCACGUUUAACCAGCGCAACGAACGCUUUGUCAACUGGUGGGCCGUGGCCUGCGGCUGGGGCGGCAUGGCCAAUGGCAAACUGGCCGAUUGGCUGCAGUGCGUCGAUAUACAGAUUAUGAGCAAUGAUGAGUGCAGCAGAUCUUAUGGAUCGCUGCCCGAGGGCAUUCUAUGCACUAAAAGUCCCAAUGGCAAGUCGAUAUGCGGUGGCGACUCGGGCGGUCCGCUGGUUACACACGACAAUCCCAUUCUGGUGGGCAUUAGCUCGUUCGUGUCGGGCGCAGGUUGCACCAGUGGCGCACCCGCAGGAUUUACGCGCGUCACUGCCCACUUGAAUUGGAUACGCGACAAUUCUGGCGUUGCUUACUACUAGACAACUAAUAAACUAAA